AUGAAGAACAUAACCAUGAGAUCCGUAUUCUUGUUGUCUAGCAGGAAAACAUCAGUACCUAAUCUACCUUGCAGUCCUGCUCACGUGGCGAUGGAAGCUACUUAUUCUCCCCUUAUCAUGCCUUUGAAUCAUCACACGCCUUACACAUCAAGCUUAUGUGCCAUGUGUUCCUCGCUUAGUUCCUCAAGAAGACUUCAGAACUCUGGAGCCACAAAUGUCGGUUUCGAUGUUCAACAAACGUUGCAAUUCGAUCAGUACUUCCUCUCAAAACUUGGCCUCUAUACAGCUGAGGAGCAGCUUCCUUAUGAACGUGGUGGUUAUACCAACUUUCAUGAAGAUCAUGGCAACCUCAAUGCCACGGAAGGAGAAACAAAGAUUGAACAUGGGAAUAAGGGAAAGGUUCCAUGGAACAAAGGGCGAAAACAUUCCGCUGAGACUCGGGAACUGAUCAGGCGAAGAACAAUAGAAGCCUUGCGAGACCCCCAGCUUAGAAAGAAGAAGGGAAAACAGCCGCGAACUCAUAGUGUUGAAAUCAAGGCUAAGAUAAGCUCUUCACUUAAAAGACUCUGGAACAAGCGUUUAACGUCGAAAAGGUUGGGAAUUAAAAUUUUCCUUUCAUGGGAGGUAAGCAUAGCAAAAGCAGCCAAGGAUGGAGGCCUGGACGAACAAAGGUUGAGUUGGAAUAGCUAUAAUGAAAUAGAACAAGAAAUAACUCGCCAACAGCUUCAAUUCGCCACAGAGAAGGCGUUUGCAAAGGAGCUGACAAAGAUAAAAUCAGCGACUGUGGCAAAAGAAAAGGCAGAAAAGAUUGCUCAAAGGAAAAAGGAGAGGGAAGAGAAGGAAAAGGCCAGGGCCGAAGAGAGGUGUAGAAAUGCCAAGAAUAGAGAGAAGUCACCUGCUACCCAGGAGUUCAUACUGAAGCAGAAAUUGGUGAAGAUUCGAAGAAGGAAACCAACAGGUAGGACAGUGAACAAUGGAGGUCAACAGAUCUCAUGUACUCCAAUAUGGGGGAAGCUAGAUUUCGAGCUUACAGAACGAGAAGAACUGAAAAGAGAUUCACUUGCUGACCAGAUCCAAGUUGCCAGAAACAAAAGAAAUGAAAUCCGAUGCUAA